AAUUGCUGGAAGCUUCAGAAUUUUGGUUUCGUGAAGAGAGAGGGAGAGAUUUCAAUAGCAUAAUACAACUCGCUUUUCUAGACUACACAAUAAUAAUCCCUUCCUUUUCUUAUCAGAUCUUUCGUUUUCAUUCAGUCUCAAUUUGCAAGAAUUCUCUGCAUAAUAUCUCGCGGCUUUUCGAAUUUGUGAGGAUUUUCUAUUGUACAGAGACAUCCUCUGAGAUUGAGGAUGGACAAUUAGAAAAUUCAAUGCAAUAGGUUCACGCGAUUCGGAUCCAGCUGAUUUUGGUUAGGGUUUUGUUCCAGCUUCAGCUGGUUCUUUAGGAAACUGCAUGCCUGAGGUUUGAAGAUCAAGUAUUUUGUCCUUCUGGACUUGGCCAAAAUGGCAGAAAGACAAGAUGUGUAUGAUGAAACAAGGGAGAGAAGAUCAUAUUAUGAGAACUCUGAAGAUGAGAGAAGGAGAUCAAAGAUGGGAUCUUUGAAGAAGAAGGCCCUAUAUGCUUCAAACAAGCUCACUCAUUCACUAAAGAAAAGAGGGAAAAGGAAAGUUGAUUUUAGAGUGCCUUCUGUUUCUAUUGAGGACGUGCGUGACCCAAAAGAGGAGAGUGUUGUCGCAGAACUGCGUCAAAAACUCCUCGACAUGGAUUUGCUGCCUGUUAAACAUGAUGACUACCAUACUUUGCUGAGUAACACCUGGGGGCAGCAUGUAUGUAAAAAAAUCAGGAGCCGGACGGGGCAGUGGUAUAGUGCAUACUACCAAUUUCUGAAAUCAAGAGAUUUCGACAUUAACAAGACUAUCCAAAUGUGGGAGGAAAUGCUUAAUUGGAGGAGGGAGUUUGGAGCGGACACCAUUUUGGAGGACUUCGAAUUCAAGGAGCAGGAACAAGUGUUGAAUUAUUAUCCACAGGGAUAUCAUGGUGUUGAUAGAGAAGGCAGGCCUGUUUACAUUGAAAGGCUGGGAAAAGCUCAACCCAGUAAACUAAUUCGCAUUACUUCAGUGGAAAGAUACUUGAAAUAUCAUGUUCAGGAAUUUGAGAGGGCUAUACAUGAGAAGUUCCCAGCCUGCUCUAUUGCCGCUAAACGGCGGAUCUACUCAACAACCACAAUUUUGGAUGUACAGGGCUUGGGGAUUAAAAAUUUCACCUCCACAGCCACUAGUCUGUUAGCAGCCAUGGCAAAGAUUGAUAACAGUUACUAUCCAGAGACACUACAUCAAAUGUACAUUGUCAAUGCUGGACCUGGAUUCAAGAAGGUUCUUUGGCCUGCUGCACAGAAGUUUCUGGAUCCCAAAACUGUAGCAAAAAUCCAUGUUUUGGACCCUAAAUCCUUGUCGAAACUGCUGGAAGUCAUAGACCCAAGUCAAUUGCCUGAUUUUUUGGGUGGAUCAUGCUCUUGUGAUGUUGAGGGAGGUUGUCUAAGAUCGAACAAAGGCCCUUGGAAUGAUCCUGAAAUAAUGAAGAUUGUGUAUAAUGCAGAAGCAACUUUGGUAAGGAAGACAAGUAAAACAAGCAGUGAUUGGCAGGGAAAGGACUCGAAUAUUCAAUUACUGCCAAUGAAGGGAAGAUGCAGUGACACAUCUGCGUUCGAAUCAGGAUAUGAUUUUGAUGAUCAUUCCUCUCCAACAAGACAAAAUUGCGAAACGAGUUCAAGACAUACUCCGCUUAAUGAAGUCAGAACAUCAGAUACGAGUGUGUAUUAUAGUUGUGAUGAUCAAUUUCGACAAGAUAAAGACAGCGACAAUGAGCAAGGUGUGGAAGAGGAGUCCUCUAAUAUCAAUGUUGUUGGAAAUACAAAUUUCAACGCAAGACAAUGUUUCGAAGGUACCUUGGUUAUGUAUUGGUUGGAAUCCAUCCAGGAAAGGGUCGUAAAGAGAGGUUUCCGGUGCAUGACGAGAACAGUGAUGUCUAUGAUCACCAAGCUUUUUGAUCUUAUUCAGAAUGCACAUGCUGAAUGUUUGAGGAGGCAGACCGCCGGUGUUUAUCCAUCUAAUACAUUGGAAAGUGAGCAAGAAUCAAACAACCAAUUAUCUGUUGGUGCAGAAGCUGUUAGAGAAGAGAGUAUGGUCCUUCCAUGUGUACAGCGCCUCCAGAGACUGGAAAGUUUAUUGGAAGAAAUUAAGAAGAAGCCUGCUGAGAUUCCUAUGGAGAAAGACCAAUUGCUUCAGCUAUCUCUGGAAAGGAUCAAGUCUGUUGAGUUUGAUCUUGAGAAAACAAAACGGGCAUUGAAUUCUACAGUGGCGAAGCAGCUGGAGAUUUCCCAGUUACUAGAGAAUAUGAGGGAAUCCAAAUUCCAUCGACGGAGGUUUCUAUGUAAUAUCUGAUGGUUUGGAUCGGUGCAGAGACUAUGAAACAGGGCAAUGAUUAUGGUUUAAAAUGAUUGGACGUGAAUAAAUAAGUAUGGGUGGAUUUUGAAUGAUCGCUUAUCUGAUGGCAAGCCCCCAUAUCCCCCUCCACGAAGUCAAUGGUGGUGGUAACCACAGUUAAGGUACAGCUUUGAGACUCUGCAUUGUAGGAAUGCCUUGCAUUCAUAUCUGAAGUCUUUGUUUCUCCUCUUGGAACUGAUUUUACAGAUCUACUUAGCAUACAACCGACUGGCCUUAGGCCCAAAGUAAUGAGUUGUAAAUGAUGAGCCUAAUCAUUAGUAAAUGAACUGCUCGAUAAGCAUAGAAAUGCUUCUGAAUAUACACAGGGAUGGAAGAAUAAAGGCCAGAAGAAAUUGCCAGAUAUUGGUGAUUUCUUUUGAGUAGCUAAGGUUGUGAUCUUGUUUAUUGAUGAAACUACGGAGCACCGUGAGAUCACAACAUGAAACAGUCUAAGAUUCCUACAUGUACAUAUCCAUAGUAGGAUGACAUAUAUAGGGUAAGACUAAAGCAGUACAAGUUAUUUAUAUAAUAAUGAUAUGAUUUUAUGAACUGCACAAGCAGGUUUUAAAAGAUGUUUAUGAUGGUAUAUAACUUUGAGCAGGGAAGGGAAAAGUGAGGUGGUAGUUGUGUUAUUUAUGGUGAAGGAUGGUGUUGCUAAUUUUUGUUGAUCAUUAUUUCAACUUGAUUAUCAAUCAUUUAUUACUUGGCACUAA